AUGGCGAAAGAUCCCUUUGACGCAAUGCCUGCUCCCAAUAUUGUGUCGUGCCAGAGCGAAGCUCAAUCACCUGGAGCGUAUGGUUUGGGCAUGUACAAGAUCAUGCGAGAAACCACACUCGACGAUCCCAGUUGCGCUGAUCACUCCAAGAUCGACAAAGCUCGAGCAGUUUUUGAUGCUUUGGCGUGCCUGGACAUGGUCUCCUGGAACACCAUGCUCGCUUGCUACGCACCCGACGUCCACCACUGCAAAGAUUUCUUUGAAAAAAUGCCCGGCCCCAACCUGGUGUCUUACAACACUCUCUUGUCCUCACUGGUCAGCUGCAGAUUAUCCGGGGAAGCAGUGAAAAUCUUCGUCGAAAUGCCAGAGAUAAACGCUGUGACGUCCACUGUGAUGAUGCAAGCUUAUGCGCGGGAAGGCCAGCUUGCCAGUGCCAGGGACAUCUACGAGACAAUGCCGGAUCGCAACUCAGUGGCUCUCAUCACAGCCCAAUCCUUGAGAACAGCCUUUGAGCGAUUUGAAAAGAAGCAGGAGGCCUGGAGCUCGAUCAUCGCGGCCUAUGUCCAGAACGGACGCACUUUGGGAUCUCUCCCAGGAUCGAGCAUCAUGGUUGACGCAAUGGGGCGAGUCAGCUGGAGCAAUCCAUCCACAGCCGGGCUUGUGGAUGAUUCUUCUGGGUGGAAAAUCCAUCGAAAUGAAUAG